AUGGCCUCAGGAGCGAAAGAUGCCGAGGAAGGGGGAGAAACGCGAAACACGGGCGACGAAGGACUCGGGGAACCAGAGGUUUGUCGGGACCCCGGCAAGUUGCGGGUCCCAGGCUGGCGCAGCGAGACGCCGCCGACCUUCCAUUGUUGCAACAGGUUCCCGGCUAGCAGGCUCCAUGUCAUGAUACCGUCUGUUCCAAACAGCUCUGGCCUUCUGAGCAACACUGGGGGGCGCCGGGACGCGUUCGAAUGGAAAGGCAGACAGAUUUCGAACCUCAAGUGCGGUGACGACGUGACAAAUGGCUCGAAGAGCCGCGCGGGAAUAUUACGAACUGUCGUGAAAGUGCAAAGAGCGGUCGCCGUGUACACGUCAACCGUCCGACGCACCCAUCAGUGCCACAAUUCCCAAGAGCUUGCGGCGAGGACCUUGUGCUCGCAUAAGCGGACAUCAACUUCUGAUGAGGACAAUCAAGGGCGUCAGGCCAACGGACGAAGCCCCACCACCGUCUCACCCAAUCUUCCCGCUAACUACACCACACUACUGUGGGGUGACUGCGCCUUUGCUUUGGAUGGCUCGGAUCCGGAUCUCAAGCUUUCAUCAUGUGUCCCGUCUCAUCCGCGGACCCGCCAGGCCAACCCCAAGCCCCAACAAGCUGAGGUCCGUGGAUCAGCAGAGAGCGGCGCCCAACGGCUCAGCCACUGGCCGUUUGCGGCAAACGGCGAGCUGCAAGAGAGGCAGGACCAAGCCCUCCCGUCCCACCGCAAUGCGGCCUGUCCAAUCUCAGGCGAUUGCGGCGCCACAAGAGCGGCGGCCGUGGCGGGCACAAAGGACAACAUCUGCCAAGACGUCCUGCAGUGUGGCCCGGAAAUGCGACAGACCAGCCGGUCGGGUGCUGGGAAGAAUUGCUUGCAGCAACAACCUGAAGCAGCUCUGAUGCCACCCCCAACAGAACUCCUUGUGGGAGGGAACAGGCACAACAGGCGCCGACGGUGA